CUUCCAAAUAGACGCUGAUGCUACAUGUCACCGGUCUCGUCACUGUCGGUCGGCUUUCUGGUAUUCCGCUGAUCAUUACCAGUAGCGCAUCAGUCGUAGACACAACGUACCAGCAGCCGUGAUCGUAUCUCACAUCUGCAUGCGCCAUCAUGUUUGUUUUUCUCGCCUUGGUGUUGUGCUUGUCGCUGAAUAGGGCGGCGAGUGAUCAUUAUCAGUUCCGCGUGAUCAAAGAAUGGCGGUAUGUGAAUUACACGUGGCCCAACGAGGAAGAACUGCGUUCCGCCACCGCCACCGGCGAAUAUAAUCCCAAUAGGUGUGUUAUGACCGGUGUGGACCAUUAUGAUGGCUAUUAUUACAUAGCCACUCCACGCAUGUUUGCUGGUGUGCCCAUCACGCUCUCCCGGGUACCCGAUGGCGGUAACACCUCACCACUUCUGGAGCCCUUUCCAUCCUGGAGAAAAAACCGCAUUGGGGAUUGCGACGCCCUGCAAAACGUGCAGAAUAUUCAAGUCGACAAUGCUGGUAAUCUGUACGUGAUUGAUUCAGGCAGGAGCAAUACCAUCGAGCACCAUCAGAGUAACAACUAUUGCCCCGCGAAGAUUGUUAAGUUUGAUCUGAAGACUCGCGAUGGAGAAGAUAUGGCAAAGGAGGUGUUCAGGUACGUGUUUCCAGCAAGUGUGGCUGAUAGCAGAGUCAACUACCUGUACGAGCUGGUGCUGGAUGAUGAUUUCGUCUACAUCAGCGACAACAGCAAACACGAUCCGGGAUUGAUCGUCUUUUCGGAGGCGGAUAUGAAGAGCUGGAAAAUUCGACAUGGUACCUUCAAGGCAAACAUGAACGCCACCACCUUCAAUGUGUCUGGUACGCUGCAGACUCAUGCAUUGAAUCUAGCUGGGUUGGCGCUGGAUACCAGCAAGGAAGGAGAACGUACAUUAUAUUAUUCCCCCAUAUCCAGCUAUACCCUUUUCGCGGUGAAUACCAGCGAGUUGAAGAAUCCUCUUACUACAACAUUGAAGAACGUGCAGCUUAUUGGACGUAGAUCUUCGCAAUCUGAUGGUAUGAUUGCGGAUGACCAGGGUGUGCUGUAUUUUGGACUGCUGGGAUCGUCAAGUAUUGCUAUGUGGGAUACAACUCAAUCUGGUUUCCGGCCGACGUUGAUUGCACACGACCCGGAGUACGUACAAUGGCCAAACGCGUUUUCUUUUAAUUCGGAUGGUGAGUUAGUUGUUCUCUGCAAUACUCUGGCGAAGUUUAUCGCAGGUACUGCGGAUUUGAAUCAACCCAAUUUUCGCUUCUUGGCUGGCAAUGUGAGCGCACAUAGUUACGUUCAUAAUUCCAUGAAGUUCAACCAAAAUACCGAGCAUGUGUACUUCUCAUCUGUUAAGCCAAAUGUGAAUACAACGCAGAGGACUAUCGGACAACCUGGAGAAGCCUGGGAUGUGAACGAUUUGCUCAUUCGCGAUGACCUUCCUCAUCCGAAAAGUGGAGCCAGCGCCGCGAAGUUUGGCGCUUGUUUGCUUGUUGUUCUGGCUUGUGCCUGGAUGUUGCAAGUGAGAAAUUGAGGUUUUCGUAAUUAAUGUUAAUGUACAAAUAUAAAUAUGUACGCAGCACGUAAGCUUUAUGCAAUUGUUAAUGUGUUAAUUGAAUUGCUUACAACGCGACGAAGCAUGAUCACAUUUAUCGCUGGUCUUCAACUUCGUCGUCACAAAGUCGUGCCAAUAAUUAGAAUUACUAAUCGAGUUAGUGUAAAUUCGCAUAUAUGUACUAUAAUAAAAUACACCACACAGCAAAAAUAAACAUAACUUAAAUGAGA